AUGCUUUCAGAAGAGAUGGAAGACCACAGAUUAGCUGGGAGUAGGAACUACGCACAAAACCUCUUUCCCGAGUCCUCUUCAGAGAUGAACGUGGGUUGGCUGAGAACAAUAGUUCUACCUGAUCUGGAGUCGCGCUGGGAGAAAUUGAAAGAGGAAAACAAGUCCAUCUUCGGCAACGUAUGGACCUCUUCCAUCGUAUCCCCCAGAUUGUACGGGGCGCAUUACGACGCCGUCGCCGAAUACGUCUUAGCAAAAGAGGGGUUGAUAACCACCAUCGCGAAAAGCUUGGCUCCAUUUAAGCAAUUACAUACUUUCGCCUUCGUCGAACCCGAGAUCGAUACCUGGACCCGUUACGAAACGCUGUUCAAGGAAGUUGGUGAAGAGCACGGCCGCUUGCAGGGAUGCAGGAGCCCUUACGCCAGGGGCUCAAAGAGAGACGCAAACUCGGAGGCCGUCGCCUACAACGGGAUGAUGAUCGGCCUUGACGUUGCACUUCGAGCUCUCCAGCGAGCCGAAAUCCACCCGACAAGCUUCGCAAUGCCAGUACCUUCCAUUGUAUUCCAAUCCUUCAAGACCUCCGUCUCGAACUUCCCCAGCCUACGCGACCUGACUUUGAAUUUUAACCAGGUCAGAUCUGAGAACGAGCCGGGUCCAGACAUCCCGGACGGGAAGGCAGCAGAAAUUGAAUCCCUAACCAUUCGAUACGAUCCCCGAUUCGAAGCCUCGGCAAAUGGUAUUCUAUGGCACGAAGACUGUUUGAGCCACUUCCAUCAGAGUCUCAAACACCUGACUAUUGUCAACGCUUUUUGCGGCAACUGGAACAACUUCUUCCGCGACAUCUCAAAGGCUCAGCUCGAGACAUUGGAUAUUGUGAUUGAGGAUGAUGUUCUCGGCAUGGUUAGGACUAAAGUGCCGUCGUAUGACGACGUGGAGAAUGGGUUGGUGUGUGUUCAGGAGCGGUUUAAGAAGGCCGCGGAGAAGGUGGAGGUCAGACCGGAUUGGGUUUUCGAUCUUGUGAAGCGGGUGUGGAAAAAUCAGGAUGAUAUUGUUGAUCGGUUGUUGGAGGAUAGCGAUGAGGAGGGUUCGUUUGAUUGGGAAGAGGAUGAUGAUGACGAUGAGGAAGACGAGGUUGAAGGAUGA